AUGAAUUCAAAGUUCUCGAUUUCUUUAUUUUUACUGUUAUUAGUGAAUGAUUGUUAUUCACAAUAUCAACAACAAGGAGGAUUCCAACAACGAUCUGGAUCUUUUCAACAAAGUGGAGGGUUCCAACAAAAUGGAGGAGCUCAUAGGUACAUCUCAAUUUUUGUUUUAUGUGUAUCAGUUGUCCUUGACGUUUUUGGUAGCAUGAUUAUUUUCUAAUUUAAAAAAUAAUAAUCAAGAUUUGAUUUGAGAAAAAAACAAAGAAAGUAGUAAAAUGAUCGAAAUCAAAUUGAUAAAAAAAUGAUCCGGAAUGAAUUUUUGAACUUAUUAAUAUGAAAUAUCGAUUGAUAUUUUAUAAAUUGGCACUCGUAUGACUCAUUUUUUCUAGUAAUAUUGAUUUUAUGAAAUUGGGGUAAUUUCAAAAGAGUAAGAACAAUAAAACAAAUUCUGAAAAUCGGAGCGAAUAAGAAUAAUUCUUGUUGCGAAAUAAUAAACAUUUUUCUUCAUUUUAUUAUGUCUAAAUUUUGUUGAAAGUCUGUUAGUUAUUCGAAUUUUAAAUGAUGUUACAUAGAGAUUUAUUAGUUAGAAUGAAAUUUUGUCAUAACUUUGAGGUUCAAGAUAUGGAAUAUAGUAGUUUUAAAAUUUUUACUUUAUUUUUAAAUAAAGUAAAUUUUAAAAAAUCCGUUUCACUUCAAAAAUAUUUUAUAAUUUUCAAUUUAAAACCACCCAAAACCCCCAUGUUCCCAAAUAUCCCUGCACAUCUUCUCCCAAAAUUUUACCCCACACCAUUAUGUCUUGUUGAUUUUUUCAGUAGGUACCAACAAUCGCAUGUAAUCGUACCGGGACCUGGUCCUGUAAUGUCCAACAAUUUUGGCGGAGGCGGUCAGUUCACAGAGAAACGCGUGAUUAGCAUUCAAGAAAAGUAAGAACCUUUUGUUCAAUGACUAAACAAAAUGUACUAUCCUUUUUUGUAUGAAUGAAUGAAUAAAAAUAUGAAUGAAUUGGAAGAGGGAAAAAACAAAGAUUUGAAUGAAUACGGAAAUGAUUCAUUUUUCAGUAUACAAGGAAGUUCCCAAGGUGUUGGUGGAGGUGGUGGCUACGCUUUUGGUUCCGGGUUUCAAGGUGGCGGAUAUUCUGGACAAUUUGGACAAAAUGGACAAUAUGGAGUAAGUUUUCACUAGCCUUUAUAAAAUUUUAGUUAGUUUUUUUUCAAAUUGAUUUUUUUCAGCAGUUCGGAGGACAAUAUGCUUCUAGUACUGGAGUAAAAGGUUCGCAAGUUGUUCUUCGAUUAACAACAUAUACCAACUCUGGUCUGAAAUUGCAAAACGAUACAACAUGUAAUUGCCCAAUCUCAUAUUGCAACUUUGUUCAAAGCAAUCAACAAAAUCAAUGUCAAUUCAGUUUUGUUAUCGUGAUCUCGGGAGCAGAGUGAGUUUUUGUUUUUAUUGUUGUCAUGGCAGAAAAUUCGAAACUAUUUCGUAUCAUUCAUUCCAAUAUGCAUAUGUUAUUUGCACAAUGAUAACGUUAUACCAGCCAGCUAGGCUUAUUGCCACAAUAAAAAUAAUCAUCAGAGUAUUAUUGGAAUGCUGACUAAUCACAUGAUGACUCAGCAAUUCUAGGGAAUAAGGGAAAGACAGAAUUGUGAAAAUAAAUAAAUGAUGAAAAAUAUCCAUGAACAUAAGAAAUUGAUAGAAUAUGGACAACAUAUUGCGAAGGAUUCUACAGUUUUGACAAAAUUAAUCUGAAUUUUCCACGUGAAAUUUUUUAUCAUCAUAAACAUCUCUAUAUUUUUUCCAGCCAAUCCAUUGAAUAUGAUCAAUCGAAUUUCUUCCCGGUCCCAUCAAAUGGAGUUAUGGCAACUGGAAAUUGGACAAAUCAACAUGUUUUCCUACUCAACACUAAACCUGUAUGUUUUUCCGAUUUUUUCAUCACUUUUAAUAUAUAUCUGUUUCAGGUUUCAAUCGAUAUUUUUGUUCAGCAUUUGGGAGUUGUAAUUUCGAGCACUGGACAACUAUUAUUCUUCAACCACUUAACACAAGUUGAUUCGUUUUCAGUUGAUCUUUCUAAAUUUGAUGGAACAUCUGCUCAAGGAGAUUCAAUUCUAACUUUAACUGGAAAAGAUUUGGGAACACAGUAAGUGCAUUAAAAAAAUUUUCCAAAAAUAAUUAUAUUUAUAUCAGGCUUCAAUUAACUUUGAAUGUUAUUUGCAUCAACAACAUGCUUGGUCCAUUAUGCGAUUUGACUUGUAAUUCAACUGGUGCUGUUGCCAAUCACAAUGUUAUCUGCUUCAGUAAUCGAACAAAUACUUUCUCAAGCUGUAGAUGGAAUGCUCAGCUGACACAGGUUACUGAUUGUUAUGUUUGCACACAUGGUCAAUAUAAUGGAACGUGUGCAGCUGGAAUUGUUGUCGCUAAUACAGUAAGUUGUUUAUUUGUUUUCUAAAAAAAAUUAUAUUGGGACCGCGGAAGAUUAUUUGAUUUUGGAACAAUUUAGAAACAUUUCUCUUUGUUUUGAAAUUUUGAAGAAUGUUAUUUUUUUCUGAACAUUCUUAUAAUUACAAACUUAUCAGAAAUAUAUUUUUUCAGGGAGUCAGCUCGGCAUUCAGAGUGUGGACAAUUGUUUUGGGAUGUUUAUUAGGAAUUGCUUUAUUACUUCUCCUCUGUCUUAUCUUGUCCUAUAUUAUGUAAGUUUAUAAUUCUAAAAACUAUCAGUUAAUUCGUAUUUUAGUUGCUUCAGAGCUCGUAACCGUGAAGAAGAGGUCACCGAAUCUUCUGCUGUUUAUAAAGAAACAUAUGAUAACAAAAAUUACGAGGACACGAGGACCUCAGCAACAUCAAGAAGGUAUCAGCAAAAUCAACAUCACAAGAGAACGUCGGCUGAUAGUGAAGUAGAUCAACCAUUAGUUACAAAUGAGGAAUGGACAAGUACAACAGCUUCUAAACGACCAGUCGGAAUUUUGACGCGUAGAAAUGAGCCUGCUCCAGCCCCUGCUCCAAUUCACGAUCACAAUGUUCGAAAAAUUGAUGUUCAACAUCAACAAAGUUCAAGCAAUCAAGGGCAUUAUUCACAACAAGCUCAGCAACAGCAACAUUAUCAAGCAUCAAAUGCAUCCGAUUAUGGAGGAAGAAGACAACAAGAUUCACCAGACACUGAGGUUUGUUUUUGUGAGAGUUCAAAGUAACAUGAAUCAACAAAACACUGCUCUUUUCUCUCUCUUUACUUUUCUAAUGUUUCUUUCAUUUCAGGAGAGCUAUUUGGCAAACGGCCAGGUGCAGCAAACAACGACCACAACAACGACCACGACAAGGCGGGAACACAUUGUCUAA